AUGCAGAGCUUCACAGCCGCUUCCCUCCCUACGUCAGGCCCUCUCGUCUUCUCCAUGCUCCCUCCCGACGCCAUGUUAGGAGCUCCUUCUCUCCCCAUCUCCUCUUCUGUCACCAUCCCCAACCUUCAGACGACCUCCACUUCCAUCUCCAUCCCCAUCUCAGGUCCAUCUACCGUCUCCGUUCCCAUUCCGCAAGCAGCUGGCUCUAUCUCUGUGCCGAAUCAAGUUGGAAUCGCACUCACCCCCGUCUCUCUUCAGUAUCCUGCCAGCCUCAUGAUGCCUGGCCCAGCUGUUGUGCAGCCAGUUCCUGAACAGAUUGAGCCGCUCUGCCCGCAGGAAAUCCCUGUAGAUCAUAUCGGCUUCAAAUUCGUGCUUACUAAGGACAGCGAGUUCCCCAAGACAGUGAGCAAUGAGAACGGACUCGAGAUCAAGCUAGACGACUUCCAGAUCAACAACAACCUUCGAACUGGUGAGUUCAGCGCAGCAAUCGGUUCUGCCAUUGCCAUGAUGUGCGAAACUACUGUUGAGAAGCUGAAUCUGCACUAUCUUGCUCCGGCUCCUGAAGUUCUGGACCCCAAGAAGGAUUCACAAAGCAUUUUGAACAUCGUGCAGAAGGCAUAUCCAAGCAUUCCGAGCGAAAUAGUCAACGACGAGUAUACUCCAGUUAAUUAUUACAUUCUGUGCAAUAUUCUCAACACCGAGAAAGUCAUCUCCGUUGAAGUCAUUGCCAAGCUCAACGACAAGACUCAUAUUGCUUUUAAGAACAUAAAGGAUGAAAAGCUCUUCAGGCAGAUUCAGGAAAUCAAAGGACUGGAGACUCUCAUCAAGAUCUAUCCUGCGGACUGCAAUCAUUUCCUUUGCUUAGAAUCAAAGGUCAAGAUGCAGCUAGCAAGCAACGCGUCCAACGUCACAGCAUACCUUAGGAGCAAGCUGGAAGAUUGCCAAGUAAAGUACGCAAAGUGUGAGGCUGCAUACGUCGACACUCGCAACAAAUAUCUCAAGGAGGAGCAAGCUUGGACUUCGAACACGAAAGAGGAAGGCAAUGCAGGGGAUGGAAAGCAGGAAGAGAGCUCGGAGCUGAUGAUCCCAAGUCUACUCGCCAAAUAUGAGACAGCCUUCAAGACAGAGGAGGCGAACCUCAGGAAUGUGAUGUCAGCUUUGAUCAUGUCACAGGGCCUCCAUGAAUCUUUGAGCGUCAAGGCAGACAAGGCAAGGGCAGUCAGCGGACUCAACUGCCCGAACUUCCUCGUCAAGAUCUUUUCGUGCGGGAACGGGUGUGGCUUCACAGGAGCGCUGGAGGACGUCGAUAUCCAUGAGGGGACUUGCCCUCUCAAGUUCACUUGCACCGUCUGCGGCACGCGCGGGUCGUCUCAGAGCGUCAGGACAUGCGAGCAGACGCACGCCAUGCAAGGGAUGACGCUUCAAUGGCAGCCGGCGCAAGUGCAGGCAUCCGGCGGCGGAGUUUGA